AAGAUGACCUCCGCUACUCUCGGAUGUCGCUCCACCCCCAAAAAAAGUGAGAGACGACCACCGCCGCUCGCCGACGACCAGUAGGCGGCGCCGAUCCGGAGCCGCCGUUGAGGGGACGCCACCGUACGUGCGCGCAUGGCCGGGAGCCGGCGCCGCCGCCGCCGCCGGAGAGCGCGGCCGCAGCAGGCCGACGAACCCUCGCCGCCGCCGGCACCAGCCAGCCUCAGCUCCAGGGAAGUUGCUGUUGCAGCAAGGCCCUCUAAGAAAAUCUGUGAUGCCUCUGGAUCUGUUUCCUCACCCUCAUCGGGAUCUCAUGCCUGGGAAAACCUUCUAGACAGCCUGCUCCACCAAAUCAUUUCUCUCAUUAGCUCAUUCCAUGACUUGCUUGCUUUCCGUGGCACCUGUCACUCAUGGCACCACGCUGCAGCCUCUUCCUUCCCAUCUGUAUAUACCUUCAGCUUCCCACCUCUCCACCUCAAACCAGAUGUAAGCCAAGAGAGUUACAACUCAGAUCGGAAAUCACAGCUUGUCGAUCCUGCUAAGAAAAGUCUAUCCCAUCGUUGUUCAGCGCCUGGAAUUACUCCGCAUCCCAUGCGCUAUCUGGGCUGCUCAUAUGGUUAUCUUAUCUUCUCUGAUAGGAGACACUGCCAUCUCGUCGAUGUGUACACUGGCACUAAGGUGAAGCCGCCAAAAUUCCAAUCUGAGUGUAACACUUUGAUCUACCUUGGCAUCCUUACGGCUCCACUAAAUUCGACCAAUUCACGUCUCAUCCUUUUCUCGAGAAUCUCCAUGCUCCAGUGGCAGGUUGGAACAAAUUCUUGGACAGAGCACCCUCAUGUUGGUGAACUCAUCCAUCAGAUUGUGCUCUUCAAAGGCCAGAUGUUUGCCAUGGACUUUGUUCAAAGGCUACAUACCAUACACAUAGCACCUGAGCUCAGCAUGCAGGAAGUAGCAGUUAUGUGGGAACAGAGCAUGCUCGUAGGCCUGCAUUCUAAGCCAUGGUUGGUGGUCUGUGGUGACAUGCUUCUCUUGGUUGAUCUCUCGGUAAGCAUGGACCAACUGUUUGGCUUCCCUGGCACCUUUCAAGUCUUCCGCCUCGACUUCUCGGUCGAACCAGCUAAGUGGGUGAAGAUGGAUAAGUUGGACAAUUGGGCUCUCUUCCUUACCAAUGAUAGGAGAAACCCUACAUUUUCUUGCAUGAACCCCGAAAGAUGGGGAGGAAAGAGUAACUAUAUUUAUGUUCCAACAAAAUCAGAAGAUUUUGAUGAGCCAUGGACUGCAAUAGAGGUUGGACAGCCGGUGCCCAGCUCGACUCACCGUAUGUCAUUCAGCUCCGCAGCCACUGCCCAUUGCAGUCCACUAAAUAGCCUCUGGGUGCUUCCCAGUUUGGUUUACGGGGUUGACCAGUGAUUGGUCAUCGUUGCUUGUUGCAGUUGCAAGGCUUUUCUUAGUCUUUCACAAUGCCAGUCCUGUCGAUUCCUGCUUUUAUAUUAUUCAGUUAGCCACUAGGUUCUGUAACUCCCAUGGUUUCUUGACUUGUCAAAUGUAUUGUGUACAAGAAUGUUUAUCUAUAUUGUCUCCAGGAAGUGAUCGUCCUGCACUGGAUCUAUGGGGAUUAAUUGAAUUCUUAUGUAGCAGCUUGGUUGACAUUAAUUCUGUGACUGGACAAGAAAGCACAUUAUGAAUAUGUCAACGCUGUUUCGAAUCCGGUAA